UGUUGACGUCAGAAACGUCAAAAUGUUGAUAAUGUCGUAAAGUUAAAUAACUUUAUUUACUAAUAAUUAACAUUGGUGCAUUAAGUCAUGCAUUUAUUGAUAUAGUAGACGUUAAAAAUGGAACGUAACGAGAAUGAAUCCCUGAUUGCGUUGGAAUACCUACUGGAUGAAUUUUUUAACCCUAUGACAAGUAAUUCAAGAAAACAUGAAAUUGAACAGCAACUCAGUUCAUUUAAAUACUUACCCCAAUCACGGAAAUUGUGUUUGUACUUUCUUACAAAUACAUCUAGUCAAUAUGUGACUAUGUUUGCCUUAUCGACAUUAGAGUCUGUGAUUAAUCAACAGUGGGCAAAUACUGAUUGGCCUUUUCGUGAAGAACUUAAAAACAUACUGCACAAUUAUUUAAUAGAGAAAGGAAACAACGCACCCCAUUUUAUAAGAAGCAAAUAUGCGAAAUUGUUAGUAAUUAUAGCAAAACAAGACUGGCCAUCACAAUAUCCCAAUUUUUUUAUUAACAUUAUUGAGUUAUUGAAGUCUGAACCAAAUCAAUUGAUUGGUUUAAUAUUACUAAGAACGACAAGUGAAGAGUUGAUGGGGCUACAAGCCUCAUUUGAAAAUGGUAGAAAAGACGAAAUUACAAGACUGCUUCAUCAGUACAUUCCCGUGGUUUUUGAGUCACUAAACACGAUUCUUGAAAAUUUAGGCACUAAACCUAGACACACAGCUACUGCGACUCCCCCACCGUCCCCCACACACCCAACAUCCACUCCAAGUUUCCCCCAACAACUGGCAACAGCGACAUUCAAACCCGACAGCAAAGCUUUAAAUAAAGAAGCCCUGGAGACAGUACAACACUUAUUUACUUGGGUUCAAAUUAACCAAAUUCCUCCAUCAAUUAUUAAAGCCAUUUUUCACUUCACCAACAUAUCUAGCUAUGCUCAAGACGACCACGACAUGUGCGUAUUGGCAAUGUCGACAAUCAACGAACUCCUCUACCGAAAAUGCACUCCUCCCGGAAGCCAGGAAUUUUUUACACAGCUUUAUUACUACACGAUCGAAUUAUUACGCGAUAUAACGAACAGUCGACUCGACAAUUUAGAUCCAAUUUUCGUCGAAAAAAUGUCCGAAUUAUUAAUCCUACUAGUCGAACAACACUUAUGGCGGCUAGAAGCCGAACCUCGUUUCUCAGCUUUGGAUUUUUUAUCACUGCUUUAUCAAUUAACCGUUCAACUGCCAUCAAUGCAAUGUUAUCUCAGAUGUCUCAAUGUGUGGGCGGCUUUUUUCAAACAAACCAAAUCGCAGAAGAAUCAAAAGUAUUUGGAGGCUUUUGUAGCUCUACUUACGGCACUUUUGCAAAAAAUUCAAUUUGCAACUAAUGCUAGUCAACUUAAAGAAAUUGAUAAUGUGGACACGAACGCUGACAAUGAGACGGAUUGGCAGAUUUUUUUGAAAAGUUCGAUUGAAAUCGUUUCAAUGGUCGCGGAGUAUGCGCCUCUUGAAACCCUCAAUCUUAUUCUCAUUCCGUGGAAAAGCUGUUACGAUAUUUACCGGCGGAUUGAGACAAUUGUAGACCACCAAAACUGUUCCUUAAAUUGUGAAUUAUCAGAGAGCGAAAGACUGUCUCAUAUCAUCACCGAUUUUUCAUCUCUAACUCAGACUUUAGCUAGAUUGUCCCCUCUAUUCUUUGAUCAAGAAAACGAGGAAAUUACAAACGUCUCAUCACCUAUGAUAAAUAAUUUGGUAGAAAAACUCCUGGAAAGUGCCUCACUUGCAACUUCCGUUAGAUUUUACAACCUUAAAACUAAUAAUUCGCGCCUUACUGACUGUUUCAUUGAUAACCAUAGUCAGCUUCUCGCCGCCUUGAAAACGUACAUAAUUUGGAUAACCCGCAACGACAAGGUGGCAAUCGAAAACCUGAAACUAAUAGUCGACAUCACCCUCCCAGUCAUCCACACUUCCGUUCCUCUAAAAAUCAGCAAUUCAUCAGCUCACCUCUUCCUCGCCCUCUCGAAUCUUCCUUGCUCUCCUAAUCUAAUCCUCUUGCCCGACGUGUCUCACUUCAUAAACGCGGCUCCUAAUUUCAAAUUCAGAGACAUCGAAACGAAUUUCGUCACCUGCAGUGCCAUUACGAACUUAUUGUUAAAACCGUGGCCUGAUUGUUCGCAAGAAAACGCCAAUCAUAGGAGCGCCCUCACUGGGGUUUUCUUCGACGGCCUGACUUGGGCUUUCAGAGAUUUGGCGUUGGCAACCGAUGAACAGCGAGUGAGACAAGUGACAGAGGACGUCCUCCCUAUUGUGUCCCACAUCGUUGAUUUCUGUAAGGACUUCCCAAUCGCCUCAAAAAGGCGACUUUUUCUUGCGCUUAAAACAACAAUUGAGCAAUCGAUCAUUCUAUUCCCUGCGUUUGCGAAACACUCCGAGAUCAGUAACUGUAUUUUAGCUUUUUUCUUGAACGUUUUGAGGGUUUUGCAACAACAGUUGGGGGUGGAAGGGACGAAAAAUGCUGUUCAAGUUUUCUUAGAAGUUGCGGUCAAAGAGCAAGAAGCUGGGAAUUUUCUCGACAAAUUGCUACAGAUUUUCCAGCUUGUGGUGGAAGCCCCCGGUUCAGGGUAUAAAAUUUUUUUGCCGGGGAUUCUCCAGCUGUGUAUGGAUAACGUCUAUCCCUUUAUUUUAGCACAUGGGUCGGAAAAACCCGAUGCUUUUAUGUCCUUUUUGACUCUAUUACACAGUAUCUUGCUCCAUAGAUGGCAGUACUUUUACAGUUCGCAGGUUAGGUUAGGUUAUUCUCCUGUUUACACGGAAACCGAGAAUGACGCUCCAGAACCUGUGCAAUUAAUGGCUGUGUUGCAAGUAUUCGGACAAGCACUGCUGCAACAAGAUAUCAAUAUUUUUAAAUUGAGUUUAGCUUCUUUAGAAGAUCUCAAUUCCAAGUGGAAAUUGUAUUUAAAUGUUUUGUUUAGAUAUAACGGCCUGUCGAAGUACUUGUCAGUUUUGUUUCAAACUUUAAUCGACAAAUCUCAGAGUUUGUUGUCUGAAGACAUACAAAUUGCCAUUUAUAAUAUGGCGGCUGUUAAUUUCGACCAUUUUUUUUCGACAUUCCUUCCGGAUUUUAUUAGAAGUAUUGAUGCUAUUACAGAUCGACAAAGGGAAGUUUUAAUGACAAAUUUUAUGCAAAACCAUGAUAAGGACAUGCCCACUUUUGUGCAACAUUUACGGAUUUUUGUGAAUGACGCCCAACAUUUUAAGUUGUGCGGUUUGUCCUAAACUGUUUACAUAUUCUUGUAAAUGCUCAAAGUGUAUUAAUUUAAGUAAAUAAAUUUGUUAAAUUUGUAAUAAAGUGCAUAACUUAUGACAU